AUGAGUGGACUACCAUUCAUUUUUGUCGAACGAUAUAUUUUACAAUUUACGGAAACACUCGACGAUGCUCUUUCAUUUAUUGCCAAUGUUAAGCGAACAUGCCAUUUAGUUUUGGCUGUAGGCGAUGGAAAAUUAGGCACAGCUCGCAUGAUUCAAUAUUCGCAUUCACGAGUGAAUUUUUUCGAUGAUGAAAAUCUACAACCUUUGGCCGAUUGGCAUCCACGCAUACCCAAUGCUGUUUAUUGUGGCAUGGAUUGGCUUUGCCCAUCUCAUCAAUUUAAACUGUAUAAGCAAAUAAUCUAUCAAUAUGGACAAAUAACACCUGAAUCAUCCAUACGAAACAUAACUUCAGUGGCAAAAACUGGUGAUUUACACAUAGGUCUAUACGAUCUUACUGACAAUAUCAUGUAUGUGGCCAACGCUCGUGGCACAAACGAAACAGGCCCACUCGAAGCUUACCAACGUCAAUUUGUGAAAAUUGAUCUCAACAUUGAAUUUGCUCGUGUACAGUCAUCAAUCAAAUAA